AUGAGGAUACCUAUGAAGCGAGGCUCGCAAUAUUUGACGCAAAUAUUUAAGCCACAGUAUAAAUUAUUUUCUGCUAUCAAUCAUCAAAAAUGUUGGAAAUGUGGCAUUUUGAAUGGCCAAAAUUCAUUUUUUUGCGCAUCCUGUGGAGUACUACGUAAUAUUUUUGAGAAUGAAAAUUACUUCAAAAUGUUGAAUUUAGACAAGGAUUUUAAAAUAGAUUCUGCAAAAUUAACUCAAAACUACCGUCAAAUACAAACACUAAUCCAUCCGGAUAAAUUCAGCCAAAAAUCUGAAGAGGAAAAAGUAUUGGCGUUGGAAUGGAGCUCUCUGAUCAAUAAAGCCUACACGACACUCUCCAAAUCAAUAGAUCGGGGAAAAUAUUUACUAGAGCUGAAUGGAAUUACUAUUUCAGAAGAUAAUUCUUCCAUUGAUCAAGAUUUCCUCUUCGAAAUGAUGGAUUUCAAUGAAUCAGUGGAAGAUUCUAAAACUGCGAAUGAAUUACAAAAAUUGGCCUCCAGCGUUUCAGCAAAUAUUGCGGACUUAAAUAUCAAACUGGAGCAGUCAUUUGCUGAUUAUGACAUGGAGAGUGCUAAAGAAACAAUCAUACGUUUGAAAUAUUUAGUGAAUAUCGAGUGUACCAUAAAAGAAAAACUUUUGCAACUACAACUUAAAACAUAA